AUGAUGGACCAACCGGGGAGACACGCAGAGUUCUUCUGUGGGGGAGGUGCAGCGUUUAUUAACAUCACUGUCACCUUCCCGAUAAACAAGGCCAUGUUCCGUCAACAACUUCACGGAAUUUCUUCCUUCCGCGCCAUUGGUCAGUUACAGAAAGAGGGCAUACGUAACUUAUAUCGAGGGUUGCUCCCUCCAUUAUUGCAGAAGACUUCCUCUUUGGCUGUCAUGUUCGGCAGUUUUUACCGAUUCCAAAGAUUUCUGGAAGAGAAAAAUGGCGUUCAUUCUAAAUACGUCUAUAUAACAAUUGCAGCAAUAUUCGCUGGGUGCCUUGAGACAAUGUUCACUCCAUUCGAACGUGUUCAAACUCUGAUGCAAGACAAAAAAUAUCAUAAUAAAUUCAAAAAUACUCUACAUGCAUUUAAAGAAGUUCGUAUCCAUGGUUACAGAGAGUAUUAUCGAGGAAUUUCAACCAUCUUAUUGAGAAACGCGCCAAGUAAUGUCCUCUUUUUUUGUGGACGGGAAUAUUUUCGUGAUAAUUUUACGAAGGUCGGUGACGAAGGCUCGGUGAAGUUAUUCAAAGACUUUGUAUCUGGCGCCGUGCUUGGCGCCAUGAUUAGUACUAUAUUCUAUCCUGUUAAUGUGGUCAAGACUCGCAUGCAGUCUCAUUUGGGUGGGGAAUACAUGACCUCUUGGAAAACUUUUCAGAUUCUUUGGAAAGAUAGGAAUGGCAGUAUAAGAAAAGUGUUUCGUGGUUGUCAUCUGAAUUAUACCAGAUCUUUCUUAUCUUGGGGCGUUAUUAACGCUUCCUUUGAUUUGCUGAUGAAAACAUUUUUUAACAAGUCUACUCGAUUAUGA